CCAUGGACGGCUGACAUGACCCAUUGGGCGGUUUCCUCAUCCUCGCAGACCACUAGCAUGCUGGAGUCGAACGUCUGCGGAUAGAUACUCAAAUCAGCUGUUCGCUAGCACACUUUUAAAAGCUGUCAACAAGUUUUGUUGCCACUUUUCAAGAUAUAUUAACAUCGAAAACUCGACUUUACGCCAAGAAAAUCGAUUUCUGGACCAAAGUUCACUGCGAGUAUUCUUACUCGAACCAAUUCCCACACAAAUAAUGGCGUGCAAGUCGGAGCCGAGGACCAGCAGCAGCGCAGUGGAGCAACUGGUGGAGUGCAAAAAUAGGAAAAUAGGAAUUGCAGAAGGCGGGAUACUUGGCCGCCGUAUGCGAACACAAUGCCCGAGAACCGGCGAUACGGUCUGGUGAUAACAAACCAGAGUUCGGACGCGGACGGUGUGGACACCAUUGCCCUAAUUGUGAACGCCAACCGACGCCGAUGCAAUGCCGCGCUGUUCUUCUUACUUGUAACGGGGAUUUCAUCUGGCGCUGCUGUUUGCCACCAUAGGCUUCAUACCUCAACCUUAGCUAACAUGACGUUCGACUCCAGCAUGCUAGUGGUCUGCGAGGAUGAGGAAACCGCCCAAUGGGUCAUGUCAGCCGUCUAUGGUAUGUGCCCGCCGCACUCCUGCCAGCCCUUAAUCGAGUUCUUCGGCCUCCUGAGGACGUGAGGAGUCGCAGAACCCGGGCCUAAACACCGACAAGUGGGCCGUGGUCAAUCGCUCCACCCUAGACUGCAAUGAUGUGGAGCGGCAGGUCCCUCAGUUCUGCGACAACAUCGUGAUAGAGCUGUAUGUCAAUGAGGAAAGUUGGGAAUUCAUCGCCGAACGAUGCUUUAAACUACGUUACUGCUUCUGGCAACAUCGAUUCAGUUUUGAUUGCUAGGACGUUUUUGGGUUUUCCAAAUUAUUUGUUAAUAUUUUUUGGCUAUUUACUCGAAAUAGUAAAAUUUUAUGAAAUUAGAAAAGUAAACGUGAAUAAAAGUUAUUAAAAAAAAAAAUAUGGCGGCUUCGCGGCAACUGCA